AUGAACUUCCUUUCCAGAUCCAGGAAUUCUUCUUUGUAUGAGAGUAAUCUACUUCUUUCACUUAUCAUGCCAUCCUUCAAUCAGAGCAUCUUCCACCCUGCAGUUUUCUUUCUUACUGGCAUCCCUGGUUUUGAAACUUACCAUGCUUGGAUAUCCAUCCCAUUCUGUUGUCUCUAUGCAAUUGCCAUCUCUGGGAAUAGCAUGAUAUUAUUUGUCAUCAUCACUGAGGCAAACCUUCAUGAACCCAUGUACUAUUUCCUCUCCAUGCUAUCCUUCACGGACCUCGGACUGUGCCUUUCCACAUUGGUCACCGUGCUCGGUAUUUUCUGGUUUAAUGCUCAAGGAAUCAGCUUUAAUGCCUGCAUUGGCCAAAUGUUCUUUAUUCAUGGUUUUACAUUCAUGGAGUCCUCAGUACUCCUGGCAAUGGCCUUUGACCGCUUCACUGCCAUCUCUAACCCACUGAGAUAUGCCACAAUCUUAACCAAUUCAAGGAUCAUGAAAAUGGGCUUUGUGAUAGUUAUUAGGGGAACAACAGCUCUAGUGCCUUUACUUCUGCUCCUUAAACGGCUGUCCUUCUGCUGUAGUCAUGUCCUGCACCAUUCAUAUUGUUUCCACCCAGAUGUGAUGAAGCUUUCAUGCACAGACACUAAGAUCAACAGUGCAUUUGGCCUGGCUAUCGUCAUCUCUACUGCUGGCUUGGACUCUGUCCUGAUCCUUCUCUCUUACAUUCUAAUUAUCCACUCUGUGCUCAGCAUUGCCUCCCCAGAGGAGCGGAAAAAGGCUUUUGGAACCUGCAUCUCACACAUAAGUGCUGUUGCCAUUUUCUACAUUCCCAUGAUCAGCUUGUCACUGGUGCAUAGAUUUGGGAAGCAUGCCCCUCCCAUUGUGCAUACUCUCAUUGCCAAUGUUUAUCUGCUUAUCCCUCCUGUAAUGAAUCCCAUAAUCUACAGUGUAAAGACCAAGCAAAUUCGCAAGGUUGUGCUCAAAAUAUUUCUUUCUAAACUAAUUUAG